CCAUGGCCGACAGCAGUAUACACAAUGCUGGUACACAACCACCAAAGGAAUUUGAUGUCAACGAGAAGCAUGCCUGGGACUCGAGUUCAGGUUCAUUGGACCAUGCUGUCGAACGAGGAACCACACAUCAGCUUGCUAGACAGCUCAAGUCUAGACAUUUGCAGAUGAUUGCCAUUGGUGGUACUAUCGGUACUGGGUUGUUCAUCGGAUCAGGAACAGCUCUCGCCAAUGCAGGUCCCGCCGGAGCUCUCAUUGCCUAUGCAUUCGUAGGCACCCUAGUCUACAGUGUCAUGGUAUCACUAGGAGAGAUGUGCGCGUUCCUCCCCGUCACUGGAGCUUUUACCGCCUAUGCCAGCCGCUUCGUCGACCCUUCGCUCGGUUUCUCUAUGGGUUGGAUCUAUUGGUGGGCUUGGGCUUCGUGUUACGCUCUCGAGCUCACUGCGAGUGGUAUCAUUAUCCAAUACUGGCGACCCGAUUUGAGUCAAGCCAUCUUCAUCGGCUGCUUCUGGAUUGUCAUCACCGCCGCCAACUUCAUGCCUGUCAAGUUUUACGGCGAAAUCGAGUUUUACUUUGCUCUAAUCAAGGUCAUUACCGUCCUUGGUUUCAUGAUCUUCGCUAUCUGUAUCGAUGCCGGAGCUGGUCAGCAUGGAUACCUAGGCUUCCAUACGUGGGGCAACCCUGGCGCUUUUGCACCAUACCCCGAUGUUGACGGCGGCAGAGGUACCGCUCUGGCCAAGUUCGUCGGCUUCUGGUCUGUUUUGAUCCAAGCUGGUUUCUCUUACUCUGGUACCGAAUUGGUUGCAGUCGCUGCAGGUGAAACAUACAACCCUCGCAAGACCAUCCCCUCGGCUAUUCGCAAAACCUUCUUCCGCAUCAUCUUCUUCUUCGUAUUCACCAUCUUCUUUAUUGGUCUUCUGGUUCCUUACAACAACGAGCAAUUGCGCGCUGGUGGUGACGAUGCUACUGCUUCGCCUUUGGUUAUUGCUGCUAAGCUAGCAGGUGUCAAAACACUUCCUGGAAUUAUCAACGCCGUCUUGCUGUGCACUGUGUUGAGUGCUGCCAACUCCAACGUCUACUCCGCGUCCAGAAUUCUUGUUGGACUUGCUGGCGAAGGCUUUGCUCCUCAGUGGUUCACCAAGACCAAGGGUCAAGUCCCUGUGUACGCAGUCGCGUUCACCUCUCUNUUCGGUCUUCUUGGAUUCAUGAAUGUCUCGUCAGGAGGCAGUGUCGCCUUCAAUUGGCUCAUUCAGAUCUCUGGUGUGGCUGGAUUCAUCGCUUGGGCAUGUAUCCUGGCUUCUCACCUGGCUUUCAUGAAGAUUUUGGCUGCACGCGGUAUUUCCAGAGAUACUCUACCAUAUAAGGCCAUGCUUCAGCCGUGGUUCACUUACUAUGGACUCUUCUUCUGGGUCUUGAUCAUCUUCACACAAGGAUUUACCGCUUUCAUCCCCUGGGACACAUCAAAUUUCUUCAUCGCAUACAUCAGUUUGAUUCUGUUCGUCGUGCUUUACAUUGGCCACAAAGCCAUUGUCAGACCGAGAUUCGUCAGACCUUCCGAGGCUGACAUUGACUCAGGCAGAAAGGAGAUUGAUGAGCAAAUCUUCGAAGAGCCUGUGCCGACGACGCUCUGGGGCAAGUUCUGGCAUUGGAUGUCA